CUCCAAAAAAGUAGCUCUCUCUGCCCGUCGUCAUCAAAACCCUCCCUCCCUUAAAUUUAGUAAUUUACCCUCCGGUACCUCUCAACCCCUACCCCUCACCACAACACACACCCACAGCCAUGAAACUUUCUUCCCUUCCUUUUCUUCUUCUUCUUCUUGCUGAUCUUCUUCUCUCCCUCGUUUAUUCUGCUCCCGCGUCUGCCGUUCCUCCCCAACUCUUGUCUCUUCUCUCUCUCAAAUCCUCCCUCAAAGACCCACUCUCCACCUUCCAUGACUGGGACCCGACCUCCUCCGUUAAUCCUAGUCCCGAAGGUGACGUCCCAGUUUGGUGUUCUUGGUCAGGCAUCAAAUGCCAGCCCAAAACCGCACAAAUCACCACCCUAGACCUCUCUCAUCGCAAUCUCUCCGGUAUAAUUCCGCCAGAUAUCCGGUACCUGUCACGCUUAAUCAACCUGAACCUGAGCGGUAACAACUUCGAUGGACCUCUCCAACCAGCCAUUUUCGAGCUACCGGAACUCCGGACCCUAGAUAUCAGCCACAACUACUUCAAUUCAACGUUUCCACCUGGAAUUUCCAGGCUCAAGUUCUUGCACAUCUUCAACGCGUACAGUAACAGCUUCACUGGCUCACUUCCACCUGACCUCGUCCACCUCCGCUUCCUCGAGCAGCUUAACCUCAGCGGAAGCUACUUCAAUGGUAGCAUUCCACCAAGCUAUGGGAGUUUCCCGAGGCUUAAGUUUCUCUACCUGGCCGGGAACUAUUUGGAUGGUCCCUUACCACCACAGUUAGGCUACUUGACACAGCUCGAGCACAUGGAGAUCGGUUACAACGCGUUCGAAGGCGGAGUACCCGUCGAAUUCUCAAUGCUAUCAAAUCUCAGGUACUUGGACAUUUCUAACGCCACUCUCUCUGGCACACUUGCACCCGAGCUCGGGAAACUGACAAAGCUCGAGAGCUUGCUACUCUACAAGAACCAGAUUUCAGGCACAAUCCCGGCGAGUUUCGGAAAUUUCAAAGCACUCAGGACUCUGGAAUUGUCCGAUAACCGUCUUUCGGGCACGAUUCCCUCAGAACUGGUUAGCUUGGAGGGACUCGUCGAGAUAAGACUAAUGGACAACAACCUAAGCGGCGAAAUACCGGAAAAGAUCGGCGAAUUGCCGAACCUCAACUCGCUACUCCUAUGGAACAAUUCGCUAAACGGUACCAUUCCUAAAAAACUUGGGUCCAACGGCAACUUGCAGCAGCUCGACCUGUCGUCGAACUCUCUCACCGGUCCAAUCCCACCGAACCUUUGCCUGGGAAACAAGUUAUUCAAGCUCAUUCUCUUCUCCAACAGGCUCGUCGAUCAGCUCCCGAGAUCGUUAACAAACUGCACCUCUUUGUUUAGGUUUCGGAUCCAAAACAACCUGCUCAACGGCUCCAUUCCUUACGGUCUCGGCUCUUUGCCCAACCUAACCUUCGUGGACAUAAGCGCGAACAAUUUCACCGGCCCAAUCCCGGAAGAUCUAGGCAAUGCCGAGAAAUUGCAGCAAUUGAACAUCUCACAAAACCAUUUCGACGCUGUUCUGCCUGACAAUAUCUGGGACGCCACGAACAUGCAGAUCUUUUCCGCCAGUUCAGCGAAGCUCAUCGGUAAAAUUCCGGACUUCAUCGGCUGCAAAAGCUUGUCAAAGAUCGAGCUCCAAGGAAACUCCCUUAACGGUUCCAUUCCCUGGGAUAUCGGUCAUUGCGACCGGCUUCUGUGUUUGAAUCUAAGCCGUAAUUCACUCACCGGAAAUCCCUGGGAGAUUUCCAUCCUCCCGUCGGUAGCGGACGUCGACCUCUCACGUAAUUUCCUCACGGGGACCAUCCCCUCCAAUUUCGGAAACUGCACCACAUUGGAAAGCUUCAACGUAUCCUACAAUAUGCUGACCGGACCGAUACCGUCGACGGGUUUGAUAUUCCCGAGCCUCCAUCCGUCCUCGUUUUUAGGGAACGAGGGUCUCUGUGGAGGGCCAUUGGCGAGGCCCUGUGCGACCGACACGUCGUCAGAGGGUCGGGUUGAGGAGGCUAACAAACAACAGCCCAAGCGGACGGCUGGCCCAGCCGUUAUUUGGAUAAUCGCGUUGGCAUUUGGAAUUGGCCUGUUCGUAAUUGCCGCCGGAACUCGGUGUUUUCGCACCAAUUACAGCCGUCGAUUUGGCGACGAGCGUGAGAUAGGACCGUGGAGGUUGACGGCGUUCCAGAGGUUGAACUUCACGGCGGAGGACGUGGUCGAGUGUUUGACGAACACGGAUAAGAUCUUAGGGAUGGGUUCGACGGGGACGGUUUACAAGGCGGAAAUGCCAGGUGGAGAGAUCAUAGCGGUGAAGAAGCUGUGGGGGAAACACAAGGACAACGUGAGGAGGAGCAGACUAGGUGUGUUGGCUGAGGUGGAGGUGCUGGGGAACGUGCGGCACAGGAACAUAGUGAGAUUGUUAGGGUGCUGCAGCAACAGGGAGUGCACCAUGCUGCUCUACGAGUACAUGCCCAACGGCAAUCUCGACGAUCUCUUGCACUCCAAUACUAAGGUCGUUACCGACUGGGUUACCCGUUACAAUAUCGCGCUUGGGGUGGCUCAGGGAAUUUGCUACCUUCACCACGACUGUGACCCGGUCAUCGUGCACCGCGAUCUCAAGCCCAGCAAUAUUUUGCUGGACGGUAAGAUGGAGGCCAGGGUGGCCGAUUUUGGGGUCGCUAAGUUGAUCCAGAGCGAUGAGUCCAUGUCGGUGAUUGCCGGCUCCUACGGCUACAUUGCGCCAGAAUAUGCAUAUACCUUGCAAGUAGAUGAAAAGAGCGAUAUAUAUAGUUAUGGGGUGGUGUUGAUGGAAAUUUUGAGCGGUAAAAGAUCGGUGGACGCUGAAUUUGGGGAUGGUAAUAGCAUUGUGGAUUGGGUGAGGUCUAAGCUAAAGACUAAGGACGGUGUCAAAGACAUAUUGGACAAAAAUGCCGGCGCCUCAUGCGCAUCUGUCCGGGAGGAGAUGAUGCAAAUGCUUAAAAUCGCGCUACUUUGCACUAGUCGAAACCCGGCCGACCGACCCUGCAUGAGGGAUGUCGUGUUGAUGCUGCAAGAAGCUAUGCCCAAGAGGAAGUUUCUCGAGAGCAUGCGUAAUGUUAAUGUUAGUUGUGGUGGCGGUGAUAUCCCUUUGGCACAAAAACCAGUCUUGGAUUAACUGUUAAUAUGAUUAAUUUUACUUGGAUUUUAUUUUUUACUUUUUAACUUUUCAAAUUGCGGGGAGAUUGGUAUA